AUGGCACCUCUAAGUUGGGGUGACGAGUUUGAUGGAAAGAAACUCGGAUUGGCGAAGACAGUUCGAAUUCAAAAUGACGACUUCGAAGACACCAACUCAUCUGCAAACCCCCGCCCCAGGCCACUUACCCCACCAUUCCCGGAGCAUAAAGAGCUCAAACCUCAGGCUUUGUCAAAUACUAGUAGAUGGCGAUUAUCACUGUCUAAACGACGCGAGCAACCAUCGAAUUUCGAACAAAUCCAGUCUCCACUGUUCAAAUGUCUACCUACCGAAGUCCGACUUCUCAUCUGGGAACACUAUCUCUGUAGCCGGAUGCUACAUAUCGUCCGACCGAAACAGCGAAAAUGGAAGCAAUCCCACAAACCAAUUGUCGGGGUUUUAUGCAGCGAACCUCGCAAUUUCUGUCCAUGCAGCCAUCAUUGCUGGGGACUCCUUGCUCGUCGACCUGCAGGUAACUGCAUCACACCCAUGAACUGUGGGUCAUAUUACCACGAGAACUUCGAGUGGAGAAUCGAUACGAGAAAAACCGAUUUUGUGCCGCUUUUGCAAACAUGUCGAAGAGUGUACUCCGAGACUAUUGAUAUCAUCUUUCAGAAGAAUACUUUCCUCUUUAACCAUACAGAUACAAUUAUUGAUUUUUCAAAUACACUUCUACCACAGCGAAUGAGCCUGAUUCGCACUUUGCAGCUUGGUUUCCCCGAUCCCGGUGGUUCAAGUUGGAAUAGAUGCUGCCAGGUUCUCGCGACGAAGUUGCCUAACCUGAAGACCUUGAUCAUCCAUUUGUAUCCUCACGUCACAAACCGUCUGGAUGAUUGGCUUCUACCGCUGCAUCAAAUCCAACAACCUGCGAUCUUCGAGGUCUUGCUGAUCAAGCCAUGGUAUCUGGAUCCCCAAUGGGAAAAGUCAACAGGGCUUGUCGAUGCGCCUUUCAAAUUUUCGAUUGUUGACGUGCAGCGGCGCAGCUUUUUGAAAAAAAAGGAUUCCGAUGCUGGUUUAUGA